UCGCACCAAGUGUCCGGUUACGAAAGAGUGGUUACGAAAGAGUUUCGGCAUAAAGCAAGAGUGAGCCAUCUUCUGCACCAGGUCUCCGUUUCUUCGACCAAGCACAAGAGGCAGAACAUCCAUUUUCUAUACCACGGAAGUUUCAGCAGCAAUCAAAAUGGCCACACAGUACGAAUCAGUUCACCAGGCUCCUAAAGGCCCUGGUGACGCCCGCCCUACCGCGCUCCAGAUCAUUAAAGACAACCAGCUUCAUGGCCAGUGGUCCGACAAGACGAUUUUGAUCACUGGAUGCUCCUCUGGGAUUGGCAUCGAAACCGCAAAAGCUCUCGCUGAUACUGGUGCCACCCUGUACCUGACUGCUAGGGAUCUCGCCAAAGCGAAGUCAGCUCUCGGUAGCCUCUUGAACAACGAUCGUGUUCACCUCUUGGAACUCGAUCUCAACUCGCUAGCCAGUGUUCGUCGUUGCGCCGAUGACUUCUUGACGAAGUCUCCAGGUCUCAACGUUCUCAUUGCCAAUGCUGGUGUCAUGGCCACUCCAGAGGGCCGGACUGUUGACGGUUUCGAGGUUCAGUUCGGCACCAAUCACCUCGCACACUUCUUGUUGAUACAGCUUCUUCUUCCCACCCUGCUGAAGUCUAGUUCUGCAAACUUCAACUCACGCGUUGUAAUUCUAUCGUCGUCCGCACACCGACACGGAGGGAUCAACUUUGACAACCUCAACUUUGAUGGAGAUUACAACCCGUGGAUAGCUUACAGUCAAAGCAAGACCGCCAACUUAUACACUGCCACCGAAAUUGAACGUCGGUACGGCGAUCAGGGUGUCCAUGCGUGGUCUGUUCAUCCCAGAUUGAUCGGUACCGGACUUAUGAAGUUCUUGCCGGAUGAGACGCUUGCGCAUCCAGAGCAGGGUGCGGCUACCACAGUCUGGGCAGCCGCCGCGAAGGCUUUGCAAGGUCAGGGUGGGAGAUAUCUUAAAGACUGUCAGAUUUCGAAGCCAGCCAAGGAUAAGCCAGAAGAGUAUAAGCCCAGGUACGCGGCAUGGGCCUAUGACAAGAAGAAAGAACGCAUGUUAUAGGAGAAAUUGUUAGAGCUAGUUAAACCUUUCCUGAAGUGAGGAUCAAGUUGGAGGUAGAGAGAACGCACGCAAAGAGAGCGAGUGUGCUUCCUAAAGUUGGCGCUUAUGCGUCCUCUUAAAACAUCAAGUC